AUGGAUGCAUCUGAUAAUACAUGUACAAUUAGGCCAUUAGUAGCUGCUAUAUGUGAGGCGAACUAUGGUAUGAGGAUGAAAUCAAUGUUGGUGCUAUUUUUCUCAAUAACAACACCAUUUGGUAUAGCACUUGGAGUUGGAUUAUCAAAUGUGUAUAGUGAUAAUAGUCCAACAUCACUCAUAGUGGUGGGAUUGUUGAAUGCAUGUUCAGCUGGUUUAUUGAAUUAUAUGGCACUUGUGGAUCUUCUUGCUUUUGAUUUUAUGGGUACCAAAUUGCAAAAUAAUAUGAAGCUUCAAUCUUGGGCUUAUCUUGCUGUUUUAUUAGGUGCUGGUGGAAUGUCUGUUGUGGCCAUAUGGGCCUAA